CCGGUAGGAACCCGCCGAGCCCUGCCGCCGCUGAGCCCUCCGGGGCUGGCAAGUUACCCCUUGGCGGCACGGGCCCCAGCCGCCCCGCGACUAAUGGUGGAGGGCACCGCGACCGCUCAGCGCCCACAGCAACCCCAGACCCCGACGGCUGCGGCCUCCAUCCGUGUUUGACGCCAAGAUGUUGCUUCCAGCUGCCUGAAGGAUAUUUUUCUCUCUUCCCCCUCCUCCUUGCCCCCGCGGGCUCCCGGCGACACAAGAUCUUGGAUGAGUUUUGCAAUGUGAAGUUCUGCAUAGAUGCCAGUCAACCAGAUGUAGGAAACUGGCUCAAAUAUAUCAAGUUUGCUGGAUGCUACAAUCAGCACAACCUUGUUGCAUGUCAGAUAAGUGACCAGAUAUUCUACAGAGUGGUAGCAGAUAUUGAACCAGGAGAGGAGCUCUUGCUGUUCAUGAAGAGUGAAGAUUAUUCACAUGAAACAAUGGCUCCAGAUAUUCAUGAGGAGCGCCAGUAUCGCUGUGAGGACUGUGACCAGCUCUUUGAGUCCAAGGCUGAGCUUGUAGACCACCAGAAGUUCCCCUGCAGCACACCUCAUUCUGCUUUCUCCAUGGUGGAGGAGGACUUCCAGAAAAAGCUUGAGAAUGAGAAUGACCUUCAGGAUGUGCAUGAAAUCCAGGAGUGUAAAGAGUGUGAUCAAGUCUUCCCAGACUUACAAAGCCUGGAGAAGCACAUGCUGUCACACAGCGAGGAGAGGGAGUACAAGUGUGACCAGUGCCCCAAAGCUUUUAACUGGAAGUCCAACUUGAUACGCCACCAAAUGUCGCAUGACAGUGGGAAGCACUACGAGUGUGAAAACUGUGCCAAGGUUUUCACGGACCCCAGCAACCUUCAGAGGCAUAUUCGUUCCCAGCAUGUUGGGGCUCGUGCUCACGCUUGUCCAGAGUGUGGUAAAACCUUUGCCACUUCUUCAGGCCUCAAACAGCAUAAACACAUCCACAGCAGUGUCAAACCUUUUAUAUGUGAGGUCUGCCAUAAAUCCUAUACUCAGUUUUCAAACCUUUGUCGUCAUAAGCGCAUGCAUGCUGAUUGCAGAACUCAAAUCAAGUGCAAAGACUGUGGACAAAUGUUCAGCACUACGUCUUCCUUAAAUAAACACAGGAGAUUUUGUGAGGGCAAGAACCAUUUUGCAGCAGGAGGAUUUUUUGGCCAAGGCAUUUCACUUCCUGGAACCCCAGCUAUGGAUAAAACGUCCAUGGUUAAUAUGAAUCAUGCAAAUCCGGGCCUUGCUGACUAUUUUGGAGCCAAUAGGCAUCCUGCUGGUCUUACCUUUCCAACAGCUCCUGGAUUUUCUUUUAGCUUCCCUGGUCUGUUUCCUUCAGGCUUGUACCACAGGCCACCUUUACUACCUACUAGUUCUCCUGUUAAAGGACUACCGAGCACAGAUCAGACAAACAAAAGUCAAAGUCCCCUCAUGACAAAUCCUCAGAUACUGCCAGCUACGCAGGAUAUUUUGAAGGCACUAAAUAAACAACCAUCAGUAGGGGAGAAUAAGCCAGUGGAGCUUCAACCAGAGAGGUCCUCUGAAGAGAGGCCACAUGAGAAACUCAGUGACCAGUCAGAGAGUAGUGACCUUGACCUUGACGAUGUCAGUACCCCCAGUGGCAGUGACCUGGAAACCACCUCGGGCUCUGAUCUGGAAAGUGACAUUGAAAGUGAGAAAGAGAAAUUUAAAGAAAAUGGUAAAAUGUUCAAAGACAAAGUAAGCUCUCUGCAGAGCCUGGCUUCAAUAAAUAAUAAGAAAGACCACAGCAAUCAUUCCAUUUUCUCACCAUCCUUAGAGGAGCAGACUGCGGUGUCAGGAGCGGUGAAUGAUUCUAUAAAGGCUAUUGCUUCUAUUGCUGAAAAGUACUUUGGUUCAACAGGACUUGUGGGGCUGCAAGACAAAAAAGUCGGAGCCUUACCUUACCCUUCCAUGUUUCCCCUCCCAUUUUUUCCAGCAUUCUCUCAAUCAAUAUAUCCAUUUCCUGAUAGAGACUUGAGACCGUUACCCUUGAAAGUGGAGCCCCAAUCACCCAGUGAAAUAAAGAAGAUCCCAAAGGGAAGCUCUGAGUCUCCCUUUGACCUCACCAUAAAGCGUAAGGAGGAGAAGCCACUUACUCCUAUACCCUCAAAGCCAACAGCCCCCUCUGUGGCAAGCCAGGACCAGCCUCUAGAUCUCAGCAUGGGCAGCAGAAGUCGAGCCAGUAGCACAAAACAAGCUGAGCCUCGGAAAAACCAUGUCUUUGGAGAAAAGAAAGGAGGCGACCUUGAGCAAAGGAAAGCUUCAGAGUCCUCCUUGCAGCAUGCCAGGCCGACCCCAUUUUUUAUGGAUCCCAUUUACAGAGUAGAAAAAAGAAAGUUAACGGACCCACUGGAAGCUUUGAAAGAGAAAUACUUGAGACCUUCCCCGGGAUUCUUGUUUCAUCCACAAAUGUCAGCUAUAGAAAACAUGGCUGAAAAGCUGGAGAGCUUUAGCACCCUAAAACCGGAGGCCAAUGAGCUGAUCCAGUCGGUGCCAUCCAUGUUCAACUUCCGUGCACCACCGAGCACUCUGCCAGAGACCCUGCUGCGGAAGGGCAAGGAGCGCUACACCUGCAGAUACUGUGGCAAGAUAUUCCCAAGAUCUGCAAACCUAACACGCCACCUGAGGACGCACACUGGAGAGCAGCCCUAUAGAUGCAAAUACUGUGACAGAUCCUUUAGCAUAUCUUCUAACCUGCAGAGACAUGUCCGUAACAUCCACAAUAAAGAGAAGCCAUUCAAAUGUCACUUGUGUGACAGGUGUUUUGGUCAACAAACCAAUCUUGACAGACAUCUAAAAAAGCACGAGAAUGGGAACAUGUCUGGUACUGCAACAUCUUCACCUCACUCAGAACUGGAAAGCACGGGAGCAAUCCUAGAUGACAAGGAAGACUCUUACUUCACAGAAAUUAGGAAUUUUAUUGGAAACAGCAACCACAAUAAUCAGUCCCCCCGAAACUCAGAGGAGAGAAUGAAUGGCAGCCACUUUAAGGAUGAAAAAGCCAUGGUAGCCAGCCAGAACUCAGAUUUGCUGGAUGACGAAGAGGCAGAAGAUGAAGUAAUGAUGGACGAAGAAGAUGAAGAGAGUGAAAUUGCAGGGAAAGCAGUCAAAGAGCCUGUUACUAGUGACAUACAUGAGGGGACUCCAGAGGAGGAUUACGAGGAAACAAGUACUUUGGACAUGAACUGCAAAACUUCCCCUAGCAGGUAUAAAGAGGAGGAGUAUAAUAAGACUGGACUUUCGGCUUUGGACCACAUAAGGCACUUCACAGAUAGCCUCAAAAUGAGGAAAAUGGAAGAAAAUCAAUAUAGUGACACUGAAUUGGCAGCUUUCAAUACUUCCCAGCUGCCAGAGGACCUAAAACAACCCUUGUACAGGAAAUCCAAGUCCCAGGCGUAUGCGAUGAUGCUCUCUCUCUCCGACAAGGACUCCCUUCAUUCUGCAUCCCACAAUUCUCCCAAUAUGUGGCACACUAUGGCAAGAGCUGCUGCAGAAUCCAGUGCCAUUCAGUCCAUCAGUCACGUAUGACAUUGUGAAGUCUUACCGCGAAUGGGACCAAGUCCAAACCAGUAGCAUGGCUCUUUCAUAUAUGACUAUUUAAAAGACUGCUGAGCAGAAUGCCUUAUAAAUCUGCAGGGUCACUCAUUUAAAGUCCGGUGACCUUAAACGGAAUAAUUUUAAAAAGAAAUGAACUAUUUAUUCUCAAUAUUUUGUUUUGCACAGCAAAGGCAGCUGCUGACUUCUGGAGGAUCAAUGCGACUUAACAAAAAUAAAAGUUUCAGUGGAUUAUGUAAACUGGUGCCGGGAAAAAGUGUCUUCCAGUUCACCCGGCUUUGAGGGGCAGGGACAAAAGGGUUAAGACUGCAUUGAUACACACAUGGGCACUCCUUUAAUGUAGGAACUGAAUUGAUUUUCUUUUUGUAUAAGAUAGUUUGACACAGGAUUGGGAACAGUUGCUUUCAUGUACAAAUCUCUUCAUUAAAGCUUUAUGCAUUUUAGCCCUUCAAGGAAAGAAAAUAGUUCUAUCAAAUGCACACUAUCCAUCGUAAAUGUAGAAAGAAGUAGCAGGGAAUAUUUUGUUCUCUCCGUGAUUCUUUUGCCUUCUCAACUGCAUUGUUAAAAAAAAGGAAAAACAAGAAAAAAAAACCUCUGAGAAACAAUACAUAAGAGGCUUGUGUAUAUUGUAAACUAUGAAUGUUCACUACUCCAAGAAGCUAAAUCAUCCAGAUAAUUCUGUGAAAGCACUGCAUUCAUCGACAGCACCACUAGUUCAAAUCAUUGUAAGGAGAUUUUAAUUUUCGACAAUCAUGUCACUAUUUUGUUGUAUUGUUUCCUUUCUCCCCUACCCUCUAAUUUCUUCUUUGUGUUGUGUGUACCAUGUAUUUAUUUGUUGGCAAACGAUUGUUUGUUGAUUAAAAAUAGCACUGUUCCUGUAACAAACAGCACUGCUCCAGCCCCCCACUGUGUUACAAUGUAAGGCACCCAUGUACUUCAAAAAGAGUGAGGUGAACUGAUCUGUGUAUAUGGGAGUGCAAAACAGUGUUUGAACUUUUCUUACAUUCCUCUUUUAUUUUAUUUUUGCAUUUUAAUGAACUAAAUAACUAAUAGAUGCGACUUAGGGUUGGUUUGUUGGGGUUUUUUUUUUUUGUAAUACAGUAAAUUGAUUCGAUUGUAUAAACAGUUAUAAUUUCUUCAUGAAAGCAUGAUUCUUCUGAUUAAAAAGCUGUACCCAAUAUUUUAAGCUGGUUGUCUGCGAACUUGUGUGAUGUUAUUAUGUUCAUGUUAAUCCUAUUUGUAAGAUGAAGUGUUCCAAAUUUAUGUUUUAAAAAAAAUAAAUAAAUAAUGGAAGGUAUUCAGUUAUUUUUUGGGGUAUUUUUUUGGCCUUUAGUGAGGGACCAGAUUUAUUUUUCCUUUUGUUUAUAAUCUCAUUUUGAAAUAAUCGGCAAGUUGAGGUACUUUCUUUAAAUGCUUUGUACAAUGUAACUGUUACGCAUUUCAGUACAUUACUAUGAGAGGAUCAACUUAAAAAAUAAUAAAGGACUACAAAACUGAA